AUGCCACUCACAAGAGGAGUCACGGAUAGCCAUCGUUUACUGAAGGACAGGAAAGUUGUGAAAGAGAUUUCACGUGAUAAAGUAACCAAAGAUGGAACAGUUAUUGCAAAACGAGAGGCUAAUUUACUUUCACGGCUACAGCAUCCUAACGUUGUUAAAUUUUAUGAAAUCUUUCCGUCUGAGGAUAUGUACUGUAUUAUUACAGAGUAUUGUGAAGGUGGAGACUUAAGUAGGAAGAUUAGUGCAUGGAAGGAAGCAGGCAAACAUUUUGAACACAGGGUUGUUAUGGACUGGUUAGUGCAGAUAAUUCUAGCUGUGCAGUAUAUACAUGAACGAAAUGUGAUCCACAGAGAUUUAAAGACCUCAAAUAUCUUUUUAAAAAGUGAUACGAUCAAGAUCGGAGAUUUUGGUAUUGCGAGAGUAUUGAUGGGAGCAACUGACUGCGCACGAACUCAUUGUGGAACACUUUGUUAUAUGAGCCCGGAAGUAGUGAAAGGAGAAGAUUAUAACACCAAGUCUGAUAUAUGGUCUGUUGGUUGUAUACUGUAUGAGAUCUGUACUUUGCAACUUGCAUUUAAAGGGAAGUCCUUAGAUGCUACAGUGUCUAAUAUAGUUAAAGGUGACACACCUGAGAUACCCAAAGCGUACCAUCAGAACUUACGUCUGCUUAUACAAAACAGUUUAUAUUGUUCGUCAAAUAAGUUUGGGAAACCCCGCGUUAAACCAGAAGAAGAAGAAGAAGAAGAAGAAGAAGAAGAAGAAGAAAAGAAGAAGAGGAAUAAGGAAAAGAGGAGGAGAAGAAUAACUUUAUGA